AUGCAGCCUCAGCAAAUUCUCGCCUUGUUGGCUGCUCUCAGCCUUGGAGCUCAGGCAUUGCCGAAGCCCAUAGAGACCACAGCAAUCACAGAUGGAGACUCCGACGAGGCCUGGAAGUUUUCGACGGCCAGGCGUGAUGCUCUGGCAGAUGAGGCUUGGAGUUUUUCAUCUGCCAAACGUGAUGCCCCAGCUCCCGACGAAUCUUGGAGUUUUUCAUCUGCCAAACGUGAUGCCCCGGCCACUGCGGAUGAGGCUUGGAAGUUCUCAACAGUCAAACGUGAUGCCCCUACGGAUGAGGCUUGGAAGUUCUCAACAGCCAAGCGUGAUGCACCAGCUGCCGCAGACGAGGCGUGGACGUUUUCGAAUGCCAAGCGUGAUGCACCAGCUGCCGCGCACAAGGCUUGA